UAGUCUAAGCUGUAAUACUAGAGGUAUUCCCGUUUGUAAAUCAUGUAAUGGAAAUGCAAAAUGAAUGAGUUUUAUGAGUUUUUCAGAUUUAAAAAUCAAAUUUAAGCCAUUUCGCUGAAAGUGCAAUAUGAAUUUCAUGGAAUACCUCUGUAGUUUCGAAACUAAUGUACUAGGCAUUUCCAACAACUGCCAGCUGACGAGAAGAUGACUUUACAAGAAUUUUGAAAUAUGUCAAAACGCAGAUUCUGGGUGUGGGCGAGUGUGUGCGUGUGCUGGGUGAGUGUGCGUGUGUAUCUGUGUGAACUAAAGAAUAUUACCCAAACGAGAAGUUGCAUUUACAACACUCAGAAAAACAACAAACAAACAAGCAGCCAACAAAACAAUUUGUGUGUAUAUAUUUGUAAAGCUUAUAUCUGCUCGAUAGAUCAUCAAGCAUUAUCUUUAGCUGUUGCUACAUCACACACACACACAAGCACACACAUACUCAUCCACCCACUAUCACAGCCAAACCGCAAAUUUACUUGAAGAAAGUCAUAACUCAAAAAAAACAGCGAUUUUGAAAUGCACUUACGCGAAGAGUAAAGAAAAAACAAAAGCUAAAAUUUUGACAAUUUUACAGAGUACAGAUUUGCAUUGACAUUUUGAGCUAUGACACGCUGUUAGUAAAUGAGCAAAAUGCAAAAGGUUGAGCCUAGGACAUUUUUAAGGGGUCUGUGCCGUGUGCAGACCACGCCUACAUAUGGGCGUCGAUGGAACCCGCCGGCGGGUUAGAAACAAAAAAUGGCAAAACAAAUAAGAAGGGCAUGCAAAAACUUUAACUUUAAACCGAAAUGCAGGCAGUGGAGAUAUAUAUGGAGAUCGAGUGGAAUACAAUUAAACUUACAAGCAUAAUAUUAUCAAUGUAAAAUCGUAUGUAAAAAAAAACAAAGGCAGAAAUCUAUAAAAAAAAAACAAACAAACUGACAACCAAACAAGAAAAAAUGAACAAAAAAAAAUACAAAAAAGAAACUAAGAAAUAAAUACAUUUACAUAGAUGUUGCAAAAAUCAAGUGAACUGAAGCUCCUCCCAUGGAUUAUCCAAGCCCUCUUUGUAGAUUUGCGUAUCCUGUCAGUGAGCAAGCACUUCCGGAUCAGCGACCCCAUGUUUCUGGACGUAAUCUUCUUUAUACCCACACUAUUCACUUACCUGCUAAUUGGACUUCUCAUCGUUAUCCUCUGUUUCGUGGUGAUCUAUAUAAGCCACAAGAUAUACGUCUCUGUGUACGACAACCUGCCCCUGGCCGCUUUGCCAGGAAAUUCACAGCACCUCGGCUUGCGUCACUCCAAUCAUGCGAUGACCAUGCGGGAAUACCUCGACAGUUCGCUCCGGAAUCCGCGCUCCAAUCAGCCAAGCUUACGCUCUAUUUGGAUCCAGAACCGAUCUCAGGUCCUGGACUCCUCGGUCCUGCGUAUUGUGCUCUCCCUGGAGCCGUGCUACCUGGUCAGCGUCGAGUUUGAUAUUAAUUCCAGCUGGAAGGCUGUCAGUUUCAUGUGUAACUGCCGGGAGGAGCCGGUAUGUGCUGCCGCAGAACCAAGGCCUUCGGGCUCCAUUCACAUAGUCCGGUUCUAUGAACAUCUCACCAAGAUCCCGCGACUCAAAGUAAUGCUGAAGUGCAAUCAAAGGCGACCGGAACCAAGACCGGAUAGCCGGAUCCUAUUGACACUGGACGACGUAAUCCAGGAGGCCAGGGAUAACCAGGAUGCCCAGUGUACGGAUAACUCCGCCGCCUGCCGGCCUAUUACCACGCGAAGGAAUUCCCGUGCGGCAGAAUAACUCUUGUAUAGGUGGUUAUAGGUCAUCUGUAAUCUACUGCUUUAAUGUGGUAUAACUUGUUUUAUUAAAUUGUAUACAAAGAUCAA